CAGAAGAAGAAUGAUGUCAUAUUUGUCACAUGGAACUACACAUGAAAAUUCUGGGAAACCAGGCUGGUGAGGUACAUGACCUGGGGUGUGGGCGUCAACUGUUAGCACUUCUGAGGUGGGAACCUGUCUCUGCAUUCAAAGACUACCGACAAAAAUACAUUUUAGUUUCAGCUCCGCACCCGUAUGCCCAUCCAUCCCACAGGGUUGAAUAGCAAAUACCCAAGUGUCAUACAGCAAAUCAGAAGCAAAAAUCAGAGAUACAGAAGCACACUGAUACUGCCGUCUGUUUAUGGCAUUUGAAGGCUUGGCAUUGCAUCAUCCAACCAGAUAAUUACAAUUAAAACUGAGGUACUAUUACCCUUCAUCCUGUCAGAUUGGACUGUCCAGCUGUAGCAAAAUACACCUAGCCAUAAUGGGGACCACAGAAGAUGAGUUGAUUGGCAUACCCUUCCCAGAUCACAGCAAUGACUUGCUUAGCCAUUUAAAUGAACAACGACAUAGUGGCCUUCUCUGUGACAUCACAAUUAAAACUCAAGGCUUGGAAUAUCGGACACACCGUGCUGUCCUAGCUGCCUGUAGCCGAUAUUUCCGUAAACUCUUCACAUCAUCUUCAUUCACUGGUGAGCAAGACACUUGUGAGCUGGACUUUAUUAAUCCUGAUGCCUUGGCAGCAUUGCUAGAGUUUGCCUACACAGCCACACUUACUACUAGCAAUUCCAACAUGAGGAACAUCCUGCAUGCAGCACGACUGUUGGAAAUUCAGUGUGUAGCAGAUGCUUGCAUAGAUAUCUUAAGAAGCUGUGGUGCAGACAAAUUGGAUUCCUUGGAUGGGAAUGACUUGAGUGACUAUGAGAAGUCAAAACAAUACCUAGACAAGUUUGCUAAAUUUGCUGUUAACCAGAAUGGAAGCUCUGCCAAACUUAGUCCAAUAGUGAAUGCACCAAAUAUUAAGCCACAAAAGAAAGAAAAGAGAUUCUUACGUCCUGGUGUCAGCAGACCUAAUCAUCUUGACAUCCAUGAGAAUAAACCUUCUUUGGACAUAAAACCAGACCCUUAUUCCUAUCCAGCGGAUGAUGAUGAUUAUAAGCCAAUAUCAGAUCACCAAAAAAGGCAAGUACACCACUCAGCUAUAUUUCCCAUCAGCCUGCAUGUACGUGAGAAUGACUUCAGAUAUGAUAUUUAUCCCAGAGAAAAGGGACCAUGUCUCCCAGCUUAUUAUCUCCCACCUUCUCCUGAUGAACAACCUUCAGAUGAUGAAACUAUGGAUGCAGAUCCUGUUGCAUACCCACAUCCUGUGAUGGAAGAUGAUGCUAUUCCAGGCCCUGAUACUCCUGAUAAGAUGGUGAGAAAAAGGAGGUCUCAGAUGCCCCAAGAGUGUCCUGUGUGCCACAAGACCAUCCAUGGGGCAGGCAAGUUGCCACGGCACAUGCGGACCCAUACAGGAGAGAAACCUUUUGAAUGUGAAGUCUGUCAUGUAAGAUUUACAAGAAAUGACAAGUUGAAAAUCCACAUGAGGAAGCACACUGGUGAAAGGCCAUAUUCAUGUGAGAACUGUGGAGCUCGCUUUCUUCACAGCUAUGACUUGAAGAAUCACUUGUACCUGCACACAGGGGAUCGUCCAUUUGAAUGCACCUUAUGUCACAAGGCUUUUGCUCGAGAAGAUCACCUGCAGAGGCACCAGAAGGGACAGAAUUGCUUGGAGGUUCGCACUCGGCGCCGGCGACGAGAUGAUGGAGUAACUGAGGGUGACUACCGAAGCUCAUUCAUUGCUGCUGGCCUGUCUGAGAGUAGUAUAGAGGACCUCAGGCUUUCUAGCAUUCGGAAUUGGAACAUUCCAAGUGCCAACUGGGACAGGGUAGAAAGUGAUGAUGCUGCUGCUAUGUCAGAGUCUUCAGUAAUGAUUCCUAGUACACCCAGUGUGCAAGAUAGCCCCCAGGAUAUAUUAAAGGAAAGUUCUUUCUCAGGGAUUCAAAUAAAGGAUACAUCACAUGUUUGAAAUUACAUGUUUUUCAGCAAUGUGUUGGUGAAGGGAAAUAAACAUAUGAGGGCACAUAAAACUUUCAGGCAGUACAGGUGAGAAUACACUUAUACUUCUGUGAUCCCCAUUUGUCUUUUCUGGCUAGAAGACAGUUUCUUUUGACCUGACAGAGUAAUCAGAAAAUACAUGGAUUUCUUAAUUUUUUUUCUCCAUUUUGUUGCUUUAUAUCUUCUUCAUACUGACCCAAGUGCCCGUAUACCUGCAAAAACAUCAUAAAAAGGAGAAACGUGAAAGCCAUAAAUACUAAGCUGUGCUAUGCAGUUCCUUUUUAACUGUUUUAUCUGUAAUACUUGAUAAAAAGCUAAGUGAAUUCUGACAGCUGUUGCCUAUUAAGGAUCGAAACAUGACAGUAAAGUGUCAUAAAAAUGGUUGAGACAGACAAGCAUGCACAGAUGUGUAAAAUGCAGGUCAGUUUUUCUGUUGGCUCUGUACAACAUGGACAUUACACAGUGUAUACACAGCUUCUUGAACUGUGAAUAGCUCCAGUACUACAGGCUGAGUGCACAUUUUUCCCAUAAUUCUUUCAGCAAAAAGGCAUGAUGGAACUUGGGUCGGCUGAGAAAAUGAUGAAUGUCUCAUCUUCUUUCCCAGAAGAAAUGACCCAUAGCUGCAAAAGGAAUAUGUAGUCUCUGUAGUACAUAUUAGAAGGCCAUUUGUAGUUACAUAAGGUUUCAGUUCUUUGAAUGUAUCUGUGGUGAAUUUGGGGGAGCAACAUUUUAUUAAAAUGUCUCUGCUCACCUGAGGUUAACUGCAGAUGUUAUACAUGGUUUCAGACAUUAACUGCCCAGUUAAACUACUUUUUAAUCUCUGUUAUAAAAGGUUUUGGUUA